AUGCCAUUAGAGGGAGAAAAUUCUCUUCUAAAGAAGAGAGACUCUCAAAAUGUCCAUUACAUGUCGAUUCCAAUUCAAAGAAAUGCCGACGACUAUUCAUCUGAAUACCAAGUUCAACCUGGAAGUCACCCCAAGAGACACCUGCUGGACCAACCCAUAGGAUCUUUCAAGGGAGUCAACUCAUUAGGGCGUUUUGCGUCUUCUUUUAGAAGGGCCAACUCGUUCAUGAACAUUGAGGUUGGGACUGACAAAGAACGAACGUAUUUCAAAGACGGACAAGAUGCGCUUUUUGACCCACAUACUCUUGCACCGGCUUCAGACGGUAGGAGGCUUUCUCUCGCUGUUACUACCCGUGGUGGGGUUUCAGUUAGGCCUUCUGUGGACGAAUUCCAUAUUUCGCCCGCCAAUAGGUUGGACGGUAGUGCGCUGUAUGAUGAUGUGGAGAGCCUCUCUGCAAUUGUAAGCCCUACAUCCUUUGAUCAAGGAAUUUAUCGAAGCCCCACACUGUGCUUCCAGGAUCCAACACAUGCGGCGGACCCUGAUACACCAUCCGUCACUCUAAAACAAGUUGAAACCAAAGAAGGUAAAGUUGUCACAAUGUUAGCUGGCCAGUCCACUGCCCCCCAAACUGUCUUCAAUUCGGUCAACGUUUUGAUUGGUAUCGGCUUGUUCGCGUUGCCGUUGGGCCUUAGAUAUGCGGGGUGCAUCUUUGGUAUUGCCUUGUUAGCGACUUUCGCGGCGGUCACCUUUUGCAGUGCUGAACUUCUAUCCCGUUGCCAAGACACGGAUCCUACAUUAAUCUCUUAUGGUGAUUUGGGGUAUGCUACUUUUGGCUCAAAAGGUAGAGCUUUAAUCUCAUUUCUUUUCACCUUGGACCUGCUGGGUAGUGGUGUUGCCCUAUUGAUUAUUUUUGGUGAUUCAUUGAACGUGUUGUUCCCCAAAUAUUCGGUCACUUUCUUCAAAAUUAUUGCAUUUUUCGUUAUCACUCCCCAAGCGUUUGUUCCUUUGAGUGUGCUUUCAAAUUUGUCCUUAUUAGGCAUUAUAUGCACAUUAGGAACAGUUGUCUGUAUCACAUUUUGUGGUCUUGUGAAGAGUACGUCUCCUGGUUCUUUAGUGGAUCCCAUAGUUCCUCCUUUAUGGCCAGAGAAUAUGACAAACUUCUGCUUGUCUAUUGGACUACUCAGUGCUUGUUGGGGUGGGCAUGCCGUCUUCCCUAAUUUGAAAAGUGACAUGAGACAUCCCAGAAAGUUCAAGAGUUGCUUGGUUACCACAUAUUCCAUAACGGCAACAGCUGAUAUCUCGACGGCCGUGAUUGGAAUUCUCAUGUUUGGAAUGUCUGUAAAAGAUGAAGUCACCAAAAGUCUCUUGUUAACGGAGGGAUAUCCCCGCUUCAUUUACGUGCUAAUAUCUGUUCUCAUGUCAUUAAUCCCUAUUUCUAAGGCACCUUUGUGUGCUCGGCCUGUCACCUCCGUAGUUGAUGUCAUGACUGGCGUUGGUCCCCUCGAAGAUGACUACAACACAGACACGGUAUCUCGUUCAAAGCCAAUAAUUAAAGCUUUCAAUAAGCUUGUUGUCAAUGUCUUCAUGGUUGGCAUAAGUAUUCUAUUCCCUGAAUUUGACAAAUUCAUUGCUUUCCUAGGUGCUGGAUUGUGCUUCCUUUUGUGUCUGAUUUUACCCUGCUUGUUUUAUAUGCGCAUUUGCUCGGAUACUAUCAAGCGCUGGGAAAACAUAGUAUGUGUGGUCACAAUUGUCGUUAGCGUGUUCCUCUCUGUUAUUGGAGUUGGCGCUGCUAUUAUUUCAUAA